CUUAUCAUUGACCAACUUUAUUUACGACGGUCUACACGUCUGUAUGUCUCGUUCGUGUGUCCGUGAUGUGUAGGGAGCGUAAUGUCGUCGAGACCUUCGACAAGCGUCAGCAUGAGUCCCGAGACGCACAUGCGCUUUAGUCCCGAGAAGCACAUGCGCUUAACAAAACCGUUUUCACCUUGUGCAAGAUCGGUGCGGCAUCAUGACGGUCAAAUGUGGAUCGACGAAGCAACCAAGGAGGACUUCGACGAGGACCCAUGGAUGACCGUCGUCCCGUACAUGAACUGGCAUCUCGAUGAAUGGAACGAUAAUGAUUGGAAGGCGAUGGAGCGUGGCUGCCCUUGGGCAAGCCAUUACAAGUUUGCCAACAGGUUAAAGUUCGGGAGCCUCAUUGCACUUCCUGAUGGUGUCCUCCAACGAAAGACCCUACGGACGUGUGAUGCUCAUAAAGAUGAUGAUGAUGUCAGUAAUGCUGCUGCUGCUGCUGCUGCUGCUGCUGCUGCUGCUGCUGCUGCUGCUGCUGCUGCUGCUGAUGAUGAUGAUGAUGAUGAUGAUGCUGAUGAUGAUGAUAAUGACGAUGAUGCUAAUAAUGAUAAUGAUGAUGAUGAGAUGAUGAUGAUGAUGAUGAUGAUGAUGAUGACGAUGAUAACGAUGAUGAUGACAACCGUCGAUGAUGAUGAUGAUGAUGAUGACGGCGAUGAUAAAACCGAAGCUGGUGAUGAAGAUGCCUUCUUACGAGCUGAUGAUAAAGUUGUCGCUGACGAUCGUGCUGAUGAAGAAGCCUGCUUACUAACUGAUGUUGUCCCGAGAUGAUGAUGAUGAUGAAGAUGAUGAUGAAACAUGACGCCGAUAUUGCUGCUUCAGAAAAAAGAUGAUGUUGAAUAUGGCCACGUGUCACCACACUG